AUGGAAAAGGAGAGGGAGAAAGAUGAGGCUAUCCGAAUAAUUCAAUGGAAUUUUGAACGGUGGCAGGAUUUAAACAAAUCAAAAUGGUGGAAAUUAUUUGUUUAUAUAAGGCCACUAAUUCCUGCAGCUAGCGUCGAUGCAAGGGAAAAUCGCUUGAAAGAACAUUUAGCCCAAUUAGAGUUAGAAUUGGACGAGCUUCGUUCAGAGCAUUCUAGAGCUCAACUAGAAUUAGAAUCAGCCCAAAAAUCUAAACAAAUUGCAGAAAAGUGGUCUGAAGAAAUUGGGCAAAUUAAUAAAAAAUUAAUGGGUGAAUUGAAAGAGGCUGAGGAGAAACUUAAAAAAUCUGUAAAGACAACUGAACAGAUAAACGGUAAUUUUUGGUUAAAAAUUACAGACUGA